GAGAAAAAAAACUGACCAGUCAUAAAGAAUGCUCUCUACCGCGAUGGACGUGGGGACAUUACUUAGUCGCUCGUUACUGCUGACUUUACUACUAUUCACGGUGACCCAGGAGGCACGAGGACUCCUGUGUUAUUGUGAGCAAUGUGUAAAUCGAACAUGCAACACAACUGGCCUGUGUUUUGCUGUCAUUACAAAGUCUGCCGGACUGUUUGUGACACAGGAGGGUCAGUGCAUUCAGCAGGAUGCACUUUACCCACGGGACAGGCCUUUCCAGUGCGCCCCCUCCAACAACGGAAAGCAUCCGUACUGCUGCAAAACACACAUGUGCAACAGGAACCCAAAAGUCACCCCAGAGUUGCCUGAGACUGAACCCCAGUCUCUGAGUCCCAUAGCUUUGGCCGCAGUGAUUGCUGCCCCCAUCUGCGUGCUGAGCUUCGUGCUGGUGCUGAUCUUCUACAUGUGCCAUAAUCGCUCCAUCAUCCACCAUCGUGUGCCAAGUGAGGAAGACCCCACUAUGGACCACCCGUUCCUUGCUGACGGCACCACGCUGAAGGACCUUAUCUAUGACAUGACCACUUCUGGAUCUGGCUCAGGUUUGCCACUGCUAGUGCAGAGGACUAUUGCCAGGACCAUCAUCCUCCAGGAGAGCAUAGGGAAGGGUCGUUUUGGAGAGGUGUGGAGGGGCCGCUGGCGUGGAGAGGAGGUGGCAGUAAAGAUCUUCUCCUCCAGAGAGGAGCGUUCUUGGUUCCGUGAGGCGGAGAUCUACCAGACUGUCAUGCUUCGUCAUGAGAACAUCCUGGGCUUUAUUGCUGCAGACAACAAAGAUAACGGCACAUGGACUCAGCUGUGGUUGGUUUCUGAUUACCAUGAGCACGGCUCGCUCUUUGACUACCUGAACAGGUACACGGUCACAGUGGAGGGCAUGAUCAAGCUGUCUCUCUCCACCGCUAGCGGUCUCGCUCAUCUGCAUAUGGAGAUUGUGGGCACUCAGGGUAAGCCUGCAAUUGCCCAUCGUGAUGUGAAAUCCAAAAACAUCUUAGUGAAGAGGAAUGGUACCUGCUGCAUCGCUGACCUUGGAUUGGCCGUGCGGCACGAUUCAGCCACAGACACCAUUGAUAUUGCACCCAACCACAGAGUGGGCACUAAAAGGUAUAUGGCCCCUGAGGUGCUGGAUGACUCUAUUAACAUGAAGCACUUUGAGUCUUUUAAAAGGGCAGACAUCUAUGCCUUGGGUCUGGUGUUUUGGGAAAUUGCUCGCCGGUGUUCAAUUGGAGGCAUCCAUGAGGACUACCAGCUCCCCUACUAUGACCUUGUACCGUCUGAUCCGUCUAUAGAGGACAUGAAGCGGGUAGUGUGUGACCAAAAGCUUCGUGCCAACAUCCCUAACAGGUGGCAGAGCUGCGAGGCCCUGCGUGUGAUGGCAAAGGUCAUGAGGGAAUGCUGGUACGCCAACGGAGGUGCUCGCCUCACCGCUCUGCGUGUGAAGAAGUCUCUAUCUCAGCUCAGUCAACAAGAGGGCAUCAAGAUCUAGAGCAAACCUCUCUCUUUAUCUUUACACUGCCUAUCCACUCCCUCCACUCAUCUAGAGAGGACAGCGAGGGACCUACAUCCGCUGUGGAGGUUUACUUCAAUCAGGGAUCUCGAGAGACCAGAAGCGAUUGGUGCUGUUCCCUGUAGACAUCCUCAUCAUGCAAGACCACCUUAAACAACCUUUACCAGCCAUGCUUCAUCUGGUGAGUGAGUGGCCAAACAACUAACCACAGAUAGCCAUUCGGUGUCAAUGAUUUGCUUUGCAAGCCGGACUUGAGCCUUUUUGGGUUUAUUUCUGUAUAUAGUCUGAGUCGACUUGCUUGUGUAUAUGUGUAUGCUCAUAUAUUCACGUAAAGAUGUACACAGAAACAAAAACUGUUCAUAUUGACCUGCUACAGUGUUUUGUCCCAGUAAGUGUCACCAUAUUUGGCAAAAAGGAUCUUUCUAGGUCUGGAAAACUGGGUUAGUCAUUAAGAGCCAUUUGUAAAAAGGCUACAGAACAUCUAUGUUAAUGUAAUAAGGAUGUGUAUGCUUUGAUACACAUUUGAACGGACGGAAGAUCUGAUUAUAUUAUUCUUCAGUACAUCUUUACAGUUUCUGUUCAUGCACCUUGAGGCUUUUAAGAGAACAUGGACACAUGUAGCCCAGAAAGAUGCUAACUAAGACCUAUGUAUUGUAUUUUGCUCUGUGCAUAUAGUCUGAGCAUGUUCUUCUGGUCGAGUUCUUCAGUCUUACUAGUUUCGCUGUACGUGCUGUUUUAUAUGGAGCUGGAUUUAUUCUGAUCAGUACAAGACGCCAUUCUGAUUGUGACCUCAUGCGUAUAGUUGUGCAACAGUCUUUGAGCCACAAUGUACUGUAUCCUGUGGUUGUGUAACUCUGUAUUUGGUCAAGCUAAGCAACAAUAAGUGCUCCUUUGAUUACUGAUUUUUUUGUAUUUCAUAGCUGCAGGCUAACUGCACUCAGAGUCAACGAAUGUGCUUUAUGUCCCUCAUCAAACUCGUUCUUUGAUCUCAAAACCUUUUUAGACCGUCUAUAGACAUUUUGAAGAAAUCUGUUUUUAUUUGGACAGCCGAAAAAUCUUCUGGGGUGUUUUUAACAGUCAAGUCUGGUGGAAAUCUCUGUGUGCCAGAGACACUCUGUGAAGAUGAGCAUGUGUAGAUGUGAACCGAGCUACUUUAAUGGAAUAGUUCGCCAAAAAUGACAAAUAUCGUCAUCAAUUACUCACUGUCAUGUAAUUUCAAACUAAUGAGACUUUUGUUCAUCAUUUUUAAUGAAAUCUGAGAGAUUACAGUCCCUCCUUUGAAAGUCUGUGUAACCAAAAUGUUUCAUAAAAUGUCUAUGUGCUUCUUCUAGCAUCAAAGUUAUGGUUAAAUGAACUUUCAGUGGACUAAAUGCUAUUUAAUUUAAUUUCAAAUAUCCUAAUUUGUGUUUCAAAGAUAAAUAAAAGUUAUAGAGGUUUGGAAUGAGUAACUGAUGACAGAAUUUAAAAUUUUUUUUUCAGAAUUUUUUAAUUUUCAUUUUUGUUAUAAACCCAAUGCCAAAAAUCACCAGCAGCAUUCAGUACGUUCCAGUCAAACAAAUUCUCUAGGUGGGUUUCUCUAGGUAUCCACAAACCUCACCAGCUCAGAUAAUGUCUUAAGAUUUUUUUUUUUUUUUCAUUUGAUGUCAUUUACUAUAUCUUAAGAGUCAGCGUACAUAUUUUUUUUACAUAUAUAUGAAUAGGAGACACUUUGGUGUCAUGUUGAACAUUCUGUAUUUUCGAUCCGAGCUUAAAGAGAGGGUCACACUACAAUAGCGGCACACUCUUCUGUAACCCACAUUGGCAUUAACUCGAUGAAUCAAUAAGUCCCUGCUCAAAAGGGCAGGAAAUGAUGUGGGAUGCAGCCAGGAACACUUACGCUAAGAUAUGCAAUCUCACUGUGUUUUCCAGUGCAUGAUGCAAAACAAGUGCCUCGAUUUCCAGCCCCUGAAAUCCAGAAUGAAUCUGUAUUCGUAACUAUUUGAAGGUCAUACCUCUCUUAAUCUUCGUUCAUUCCAAGGUUGUUGUUUUGAUAUUCAGAUUCAGUGAAGCUCCUUUAAAAAGCUGAACCAACACUACAGUGCAAAACUAAAAAGAAAUUCAUCUCAAACGCAUACCUCUUUGGACCGUGUGAUCAUUUACCUCAGUGUACAGGAAGGUUUGUUCAUUUAGAUGUGACGUUGAUUUGUACAAAGUGCUUUCAUAGUAAAAAAUGUUUGUUUUGUUUGUGUCUUUCAAGGAACUGUCAAUUAUGUAUUCUAGUGUUCUCCAUUAUAUUUGAAACACUUGGCAAUCUCUGCAAAUGAGAAAGACUUUUGAGUCUUAUGUUCUUCUACAGUGUCACAUUGUCAUUUACAGUAGUGUUCACGGAUCAGAUUGAGAUGGAUCACUCUUAAUGGAUGAGAAGAUGAGUGCUCAGAUUAUAGUGGAUAUGUCUUUUUUCUGUUGUUAAACUUAUAAAUAUGAAAUCCAUGUUAAUAAAUAGGUACUUAUUUUA